UUGCGCAGAAACCAUUCGCAGUGAUCUUUAAUGAAAUAAAGGAAAUUUUUGGAAUUUCUUUGCUAUUGGGAUUGGCGAGAAAUCCAAUUUUCCCUGGAAGAAUGGAGAGAUUCAAAAAGUCGUGGCAAGCGGCGAGUCUGCAGCAUUCCUACGGGUCUUGCACUAUCGAGUUCCCGGAAAUCCGGCUGCAUUUGGUGGACGACGACGACAAUGUCGAGUCAACAACAAUACAUCAUCCCAAACAAGAACUAGAACGAGCCAAGCAAUUUGAAAUUUGGCAGCAGCAGCAGCGUUGCCAACGACAGCAGCAGGAGCUCUUCUUGGGCCGCGUUCGCAGCGCGUCUCUCUCCGUAUCCCGAUCCCUCAUAUCCUCGGGCUCCUCAUUGUCUUUACACGACACCGACGCCGACAUCGACAUCACAACUGCUGACGAACCCUGCCAGAAACAGCAGCAACACGAUCAUCAUCAUCAUCAUCAUCAUCAGGAGGAACCCCUUUAUGAUGGAUCCCGGAGGGAAUCCUGGUCCCCGCCGGGUUCCGUACCCGUCAAUAACUGGCCUCGACACCCGUCCCUGCGACACUCGCUUCUGACGACAGCGAUUGUGGGACACUCGUCAGCGUCGACUGAGGCAAUCCAUGCGUUGUACCGGGUGUCGACGAAAAUUGCUGUAGAGGAGCAGCAGGAGCAAAAGAAGAAGAAGCAACACCCAGUGCUGCUGGCUGUGCAGCACUGUGUCAGCAAGUCACAGAGCUGGACGAAUUUGCAUUGGACUGGGACACCGAAUCAUCCCAACAUGGCGGAUGCGACAGUCAGGGGAGGCCGUAUUCAAGACCAAGACCAUAAAAAGAAAGGAAAGAACAAACUCGAUCCCGCGUCUUUGUCUGUAUCAGCUGAAGAUGACCACGUCAUCAAGAACCAUGAACGCUGUAAAAGUGGAAGUGGUGGAAAUUUGUUGACACUAGCCAACAGUGUAUUAAAAAUGCAUCAUAAUCAUCAACAGCCAUCAGCAGCAGUGAUUGACGUUAGACGGUCUUCUUCAACAUCUUCGUCAUCCUCUGAACAGGACCAACGAAGUCCUGUUGGUGUCACUGUUCACAGUAAGCGAAAAACUUUGCCUCAACAACAACAACAACAUGAACAAAAACAAUCGCAGCCAAAACAGCAACAACUUGAAGUGCAAUCCACCAUGAAUAUGGAUGCGUUUUUGGGAGAGGAUUUGAAUGCAAGGAUGGAUUUAGCUAGAAGAUGUUUGCCAAAACUUGUCAAGGCAUUGGAGCAACUGUCUGAAGAGGAAACCAAGGCCAUUGGAACUUCAGGCACUGCUGGUAGAAUCAAGUACAAAAAGCGCACCAUUUUCAAGCACGUCUUCUUGAAAGCCGUGUUUCCCGGAUCAACGCGAUCCGUGGGAGAAAAGCUGUGGAAUUAUUUGAUGAAGCUGCAGACUGAGGCCAACAGCCACAGUUUCGUGGAAAACAAGUUCAACAGAAGGAUUCGGAAAACUUUUGGCAUGAGUAUCAAGAAAGAUAAUAAACCGGAAGGAAUAAAGGAGCUUCCGGAAGAUCCGAACACUGAAAAAGACAGUGCUGGUGAUGGGAAUUCGAGCGACCAUCAUUGGAAUUGCUGGAUGUCUGGUUCGUACCUAGAGGGUGACCUGGCUUCUUUCUUUCAACCCGCGCUGGAUGCUGAUGACCUCUGUCGGUUUUUGUCGUUAUUUGUUUCUGGAGACCAGGAAGAGAAUGAGGAGCAAGAAAAUGACCCAGCAAGAAACACAAUCAGUGAUGAGGAAUUCCAAGAGUUGUUGCUUUGCAGUUAUGCUUGUGCUUCUGGUGUGCAAGACACUACAAAUAAUGCAUCACCAAGAGAAUCAAAUGGGACUCUUGAUGACAAUGGUGCAAAAAAUGCCAUCAAUGAAAUUGAUGCUUGUGAAUUGCAAAAGCAGGAAGAAGAAAUACUGUUACAUGGUGUGCGACCCAUUCUGGCUGCUGCUGCGAACAGGUUGCCAGUCCUCGUGGACCAUAGAACCAACAAAAGAGGUCCAAACGACCCAAAUAAAGGAUCAUCAAAGAAUAAAAACAGCAGCAGCUGCAGCACAAAAAUUCCAUCCACAUUCCAAGACAAAGUUGGCGACUCAGACUUGGAAUUGAGUCUUUCCAGACUCUGGCUCCUGUCUUCUUCCAUCCCGGGCAUUUACCUUCGACCCCCGAUGAGCCCUCGACACAAUAAAUCAUCUGAAUCCUGUCCUUCGGUAAACAGCCACAAAAACCACGCCAACAAUGAUAUUGACGACGUGGACGAAGAUGAAAGCAGGACGAAUAAUGUUUCGAAACGAAACCGGGAUCGUCGAGGCAGCAAUAGCAGCAUGGGCAGCAGCAAGACCGGGAAAUCUGCAUCAUCAGGCUCAUCGGCGACUGCUUUGGCACUGAAAAGUGAAUUGGCAUCCGUGCUUUGGAAUGCGUUGCCGGGACACGUCGUUUACCAGCAGCAGCCUGUGCUGGCACAUGAUGUUUUGCUGCACCAGCCAAAUGUCAAGAAGUUGGUUUGUUCUCCACUUCAGAGCCAGGCCUCCUGGGAACUUGUCUAUGACUCUCUCAGAGAUGGAGAUGAUCAUCUAACGUUCCUUGAGAAGAUGACAGGACAGAAGAAAGGACUGCCUUUUGCCAAAUCCACUCAUCCUGGCUCAGCAUCAGCCCCUUCCCUCACCCUUGUAUUUGCCGAGUCGGAUUACACUGUUUGUGUAUGUUCUGACGUCGAAUGGCGAGAAGCCGGAAGUCCCUGGGGCGGCCCUGACUCAGCUGCUCUGCUUCUGGCGCCGGACUUCCGCCUCCUGACUGUUGGCGCCUGUAGAACCCUGUCAUUCAAUGCCACCAUCGACGGCUAUCCAAAGGGCUUGACGGUAAUUGAGCAGCCGUUGGAGCAGCUGGUCCAGCAGCCAUCGGCGAUUAUCGUUCCCGCAUCCAAGAGAACCGGCAUGCAAAUAAUGAAUGCAGUCAUCCACAUCCCGGGUCCGCAUUUCAGAGUUUUGCAAUAUCGGAAAAUCCCGCUGCUCAUCCGCAGGGUCGUUGGCAUUCGCGUCAUGUCGCAACAGUUCUGA